AUGGGAAUUGGCGGCGGUAUGGACAGUGGCAGGUCUGUGCGGGAGAAGUACAGGGAUUUGCUGAUUGACCGGGUCAAUGGGCGGUGGUCCCCCCGAGAGGACGACGAUGACACGUACGAGAGGUUUAGAAUGUCGCUGGAUGCACAUGGGAGCGACGGGACCGUUGAAGAUGACGACGGUGAGGACGAGGAGGACCGGGAGUAUGUCGAUGAGUGUGGGUCCUAUGCGGAUGAGCAUGGGUCGUAUUUGGAUGACGAACUUUCAGAUGAGAGUGAGGAUCUAGGUGAUCGGAGUUUCAUACAGGACACGUCGCGGGUCCCCAGUGACACCUCUGAGUCUAUACUGAGUUUUGAAGAGAUUCCCCGUGGUUCUGGUGGUGGUCUGCGGAGGGUUUUGCUUGGGUUGUUCGUGCUGAUCUGUUUUGCGGUCGUGUUUGCCGCUGUCGCUGGGAACAGGGACGGCAGCGUUACUACUACUACACCGCCAGGGUCACUCCUGAACAUCCAGAAACAGAUCAACCACCUGUACAACGAGUUGCGGCGCAGCGACGAACGCCGUGGCUCAGAGUUCGACGACAAGCUUAAAGUGGUCGUGCAGCAGUUCGAGAAGAACAUCAAGAAACUGCUACCGGGGAACAUCCUCAACUUCCAGCACGAACUGGAUUCCUUACACGCUCGCAUCAACCAGCUGCGGAAUACUCCUCAGCCACAACCAGCUUUGUCCCUAGAGAAUAUCACUACUCUACAGACAAGACUCGUCGCAAAGUUGCAAGAGGACCUCCCGGGGGAGAUCCCGGUCAUGGUCAACAACGAGUCCAGCGUACUCGUCAUCCCUGAACUGCACAGUUACUUGGCGGGGAUGCUCAAGGAUAUUCUCCAGUACACGGAGACGGUCACGGCACCACCACUAGACUACGACCUGAACAACUACAUCAAGGAGGUUCUCACAAACGAGUUCCAGUACGUCGACAAGGGGUACUUCAUCGCUGAAUUGAACAGGACCCUCCAGGAGAACAAGCUCGAAAUCCUCCAGGAGCUCAAGAACCACUUGCAAAGGCAGUUACUCACACCUGGGGGUGGAUCCGCCUCCACACCGGCGGGCGGGCAGCAGUGCUCCACGAUUCUUUUGAAACGGCUCAUCAACGAGAUCUACGACGCCAAGCAGCAGAGCCCGGCAAACCAAUGCGACAGGGACGACCUCGACUUCGCUACGUACGCGCAGGGCACACGCCUGAUCAAGAGCCUCACCUCGCAGCCGUACCGCGCUGGGAACGCGCUCCCGGCUACAGAACUGCUCGCGGACGACAAAUGCGGUGGGUCCUCCACUUACUGGCAGUGCCAGCACGAUGCGGGCACAGGUGCACUCUGUUCCCUUGCCAUCAGGUUCAACAGACCACUGCAUCUCACGAGACUCUCGUACGUGCACGGCAGGCUCACCAACAACCUACACGUAAUGCACUCUGCGCCGAAACACGUUGCAGUGUACGUCAAGUUAGCGGACAAGAGGGACACGCGUGCGUUCGCUGCCACUGCGCACGAUCACAGCGCGGGGGAGCCACACCGGCGAGACAGCACGUACACGAGAAUCGGCAUUUACGAGUACGACCUCGCCAGCGCAGACACAGAACAGCAGUUUCCGCUGCCGGACUGGUUCAUCCAGGCGAAACCGCUCGUCAGAAGCGUCUUGUUCAGCGUCGAGGAGAACUACGGCAGCGAACACUACACCUCGCUCAAGAAGUUCAUCGUCAACGCAGUCACGGAGCGCGACCUACAAUUGUUCAAGGACAACGCACUACAACAACACCAGAGGCAGACCCCUCAACAGCACGACGUCCCAGCGUUCGGCCAAGACGAACCGGACUACUGA